UCACAAGGCGCACAGGGGUGUUUCAUUGAGAAGUGGAGGUAGCCUACGUUCUUAUUGGACAUUUUCCAUUUAGCGGACCUGAGAAGAUAACCUGUAAGUGAUGUUUGGUCCUGCACACACAGUCUGUUUGUUGAUUUUUACUGGAGGAAUUUAUUGAACAGUUUUACUUACUCAUUGACACUGCAAAAGAGGAGGGAACCAUGAACAUUCCGGUGGAAACAGAGGACGACAAAUACAGUCCAAUACAUCUCACUGGGCUCGGAAUAUGUUGCCCCCUCAGUCCCAAACAGCACCACGAUGGGCCUGGUCUGGAGAGCCCACAGCAGUACACCGAAUGGCUCCCCAGCCGCCACGAGGCCAGCCUGCUGCCCAUGAGAGAGGACCUGGCUCUCUGGCUCAACAUGUUUCUGGACUCUGGGGUUACGGCUGACAGCCUGAUGGACAGGCUGGAUAAUGGGGUUCUGCUGUGCCAGCUGGCCGAGGAGCUACAGGAGAGGAUGAUCCAAGGCAGCAAUGGCAAGCCCUUCGUCCGCAGGGUGAUUCAUUGGCGAGCUGAUGCUACUUCUGGCUCUUUCUUUGCUCGGGACAACGCUGCCAACUUCCUCUACUGGUGUCGGAAGAUUGGUGUGGAUGAGACUUACCUGUUUGAGUCUGAAGGUUUGGUGCUCCACAAACAGCCUCGGGAGGUGUGUCUCUGUCUUAUGGAGCUGGGAAGGAUUGCAGCCAGCUAUGGUGUGGAGCCCCCAGGGUUGGUGAAGCUGGAGAGAGAGAUAGAGAGGGAGGAGGCAGGGGCUCUCACCCCAUCGUCACCUCUGGCCUUCCCCUCACCCACAACUCUUCCCUUAAUCUUACCGCUGCUCCGUGCUCCUACACCCCCUGCUUCUGUAACCGCACCUCCCAGUCCAAGCCCACCCCCUUCCCAAGCCCCAGUAGACCCUACACCUCCAACUUCCAUCUCAUCCUCGUCAACCACCACUAGUACAACUUCCACUCAAACCUCACCUGUUACCACUGUCACAACCUCCACCCAGACCCCUCCGACAACUCCAACCACAGAUACUAUCUCAGCCCUGAGCCUUACAGAGACCCCUGUCUCCCCAUCUCCACAUCCUCCGCCACUGCCGUCACCUCCAUCCCAACCCUCACCCUCUCCCUCACCUAAGCCCAAGGCGCGUCGUCCAAGCAAAGCAUCUGCUAAGAAGACGCCAAGCACAUGCGACAUGUUGGAUGACAUUGUGAGAAACAUUAUCGAGGACCCGCCAUGCAGCUGCCCCACUAAGUUCCCUGUGGAGAAGCAUCCUAAAGGACGCUACCGUGUCGGGGAGAAGGUCCUCUACGUACGAAUGCUAAAUGAGCGUCAUGUGAUGGUGCGCAUCGGGGGAGGCUGGGAGACCUUGGGAUGUUACCUGCUGAAGCAUGACCCCUGCCGGAUUCCACCAGUCACCCCGGUCAGGACCUGUUGGGCCAAAGGCAAGUCCUCCAACAUGAAGGACUUCUCACCACUGUCACCAGACAGCUACAUGGUGGUGGGGGCACACUACCGUGCCAAGAAAUAAAACAUGAAUCUGUUCAACCAUAACAGAUAACUGACACCACAACCUAGCAAUGAAGCUUCCUGGUUAUGCUGAGCAUAUCAAGGUUUUUUCUGGAGAUUUAUUUGAAUGAAAGCUAUUGCCUAGUGACCAGAGGUGUGUGUGUGUGUGUGUGUGUGUAGAUAUAUCUUUGGUAAGUUGGGUUUAGUGGCUCACAUGUAUGUAGAAAGGUAUAUUUGAUCAUCUAAAGGAAUUCAACAAAAUACCUGGUAUGGUGUUAUUUUGGGGCGGCAGGUAGCCUAGUGGUUAGAGMGUUCGGACAGUAACCGAAAUGUUGCUAGAUCGAAUCCCU